AUGGCGGGCCCCGGCAGGUUGGGCCCUCGCGGGGGAAAGCGGCCUUCGUCGUCGUCGUACUGCACGGUGACCACGGUGGCCUUUGUGGCCUUCUUCCUCCUCGCCGUCUGGGUUUUCUCCUCCUCCUCGUUCGUCCACUCCUCCACGAGAACUGGCGGCGCCGCCGUCCGCAGCCGGGCUUCUUUGUCGUCAGUUUACUUUAGGAGUACCCCUUCCGUUUUGUUGAACGGCUCCUCAGAGGAAGGUGAGAAGGUGGGCGAGGAGGAAGCGGAGGGGGCUGUGGAUGAAGAGCCCCCUGUGGGUGUUGUUUCGGAGGGGCUUGAGAUCAGAAGGGAAGCAUAUCCUGGGAGUGAGGGGACAGAGAAAGAGGGCAGUCCAGACGAGCGCAAAGAGGAGGAGAGGCAGUUGCGGCAGCAGCAGCAGCAAGAAGAACAACAACAACGGCAUCACCAACAACAUCAAGAAGAACGACAACGGCAUCAACAGCAGCAGCAAGAAGAAGAACGACAACGGCAUCAACAGCAGCAGCAAGAAGAAGAACGACAACGGCAUCAACAGCAGCAGCAAGAAGAAGAACGACAACGGCAUCGACAGCAGCAGCAAGAAGAAGAACAACGGCAUCAGCAGCAGCAGCAAGAUGAAGAACAACGAAAUCAGCGGCAGCAGCAACAGGAGGAGGAACAACGGCAUCAGCAUCAGCAUCAGCAGCAGCAGCAAGAGGAAGAACAACGGCAUCAACAGGAGGAGGAGGAGGAAGAACAACGGCGGCAGCAGCAGCAGCAGCAGGAACAGGAAGAGGACAAUGUUCUUUCACAGCAGUAUCAAAAAUCAGAGGAGGAGGCCAAUGGGGAUCUGCCGCUGGAAAGCGAGGGAGAACAAUCCCAGGAAACAGGCAUGGAGCAGGAAGAACGGCAGCCACCAGAUCCGACUUUCGACGAGGAGGUCAAUCGCGAAGGACAUGAGAAAGCAGGAGACGAGUCCGUCAACCGGGAGGAGGAUGACCCAUCAGAGACACACGACCCACAGAACGAAGGAGAAGCUGGCUACCUAGACCAUCAUCGUCUUCAGAAUCCAUACAGCACCGAAAAUAAGGAAACCGAACUCCCGUCCCACCAAGAACUGAAGGACGCCGAAGAGCAGGAGGAAUCCCCAAGCAAGAUAGAGAAGGAAGAAGAAGGCAACGAAGUCGUGCACCUCCGACGAGAAACAGAAGAGAGCGUCAAAGAUUCUCAGGCCGCCGCCGAGGAGCUCGCCAGCGAAACUGACGAGAGAAAGACGCCGCCGUGGACCACUCAGGAGGAUCAGUCGCAAGAUGAGAAGGAGAGGCAGAAGGAACUUCUUCGUUCACAGAUCAAGGAGACCAAAUGGGCGCUCUGCAAUGUAACAGCCGGGGCGGACUACAUCCCCUGCCUGGAUAACACGGAGGCUCUGCGGCACAUCCCCACCAGGCACUACGAGCAUAGGGAGCGCCAUUGCCCCGAGGAGUCGCCCUCUUGUCUGGUCCCCCUCCCUCAGGGUUACAGGAGGCCCGUCGAGUGGCCCAGGAGCAGAGACAAGGUGAGAAGACGAUGAUCCUCGAUGGACAUGCGAGGCGUUCUGCGCUGCCGCAGCUGGUUAAUCGUUGUUUCUCGCCUGCAGAUCUGGUACAAGAAUGUUCCGCAUACCAAACUGGCCGUGGUGAAGGGGCAUCAGAACUGGGUGAAGGUCUCCGGGGAGUACCUCACCUUCCCCGGUGGCGGGACGCAGUUCAUCCAUGGCGCGUUGCACUAUAUCGACUUCAUCCAGAGGGUAGGGUGCAAUCUUCGAGCUCAUGCCGCAACUUCUUCUUCCCCGCUUCGUUCUCCGAGCUGAUUGAUACCUUCCGCGAUGGCGGUUUUCGUUGCAGUCCGUGAGGAACAUUUCAUGGGGGAAGCGCACCCGCGUGGUGCUCGAUGUCGGCUGCGGGGUGGCCAGCUUCGGCGGCUACCUAUUCGAGAGGGACGUCCUCGCCAUGUCCUUUGCUCCCAAGGACGAGCACGAGGCGCAGGUUCAGUUCGCCCUGGAGAGAGGGAUCCCAGCGAUCUCCGCCGUGAUGGGCUCCCAGCGCCUCCCCUUCCCCAGCAAAGUCUUCGAUCUCAUUCACUGCGCACGCUGCCGCGUUCCAUGGCAUGCAGAAGGUCCUCCUCCCCAUCUCUCCCCCUUCCCUUCUCUUCCUUACCGAGGGUGAAAACCCUGCAGGUGGUGCCCUCCUUCUGGAGCUGAAUCGACUUCUACGCCCUGGCGGCUACUUUGUCUGGUCGGCCACGCCUGUAUAUCAGAAGCUCAAAGACGAUGUGGAGAUAUGGAGGGGUAUCGCUUACUGUUUCUUUGUGCUUGUCUGCACAACAUCGAUUACUUCUCCAUUCGACCCACCCAUUCCUCACCGAGAGAUCUUCCAUUCUUCCAUUGCAGCGAUGAUGGCUCUCACCAAGUCCAUGUGCUGGGAGCUCGUCACCAUCAGAAAAGACAGGCUGAACUCUGUAGGGGCCGCCUUCUUCCGCAAGCCCAUCUCCAACGAGUGCUAUGACAGCAGGCAACAGAAAGCCCCGCCCUUGUGCAGGGAAGACGACGAUCCGGACGUUGCCUGGUAAGACCGACGGCAACGAGGGCGCCUAUGACGAGCAGGAAACCCUAAAAAAAUGCCGGCCUUAAAUUUUCUCGGCUUCAUAUGUCUCUCAGGUACGUUUCUCUGCAGUCCUGCAUGCAUAGGGUGCCGACUGAAGCUUCCGAGAGAGGCUCCCGUUGGCCGGAGGAAUGGCCGCGGAGACUGCGGACACCCCCACACUGGCUGAAAAGCUCCAAGCUCGGAGUGUAUGGAAAACCAGCUCCGGACGACUUCACGGCGGACUAUGAGCACUGGAAGCGGGUCGUCUCCAUGUCCUAUCUCGCCGGCCUGGGGAUCGAGUGGCCCAAAGUGAGGAACGCCAUGGACAUGAGAGCUGUAUACGGAGGGUAACUUCCGCCCUCCUUGUUGAUCUCCGUUAGGGUUUUUCCUGUACUUUCUUCCAUUCCACCUCUUGAAGGAGUUCAUGAGCUCUUCUUCUCAGGUUUGCGGCGGCGUUGAAGGAUUUGAAGAUCUGGGUCAUGAAUGUGGUGGACGUUGACUCGCCGGAGACCCUCCCGAUCAUCUAUGAGCGUGGGCUCUUCGGCAUCUACCACGACUGGUGCGAGUCAUUCAGCACCUACCCCAGGACCUACGACCUUCUCCACGCCGACAAGCUGUUCUCGACCUUGAAGCAGAGGUACCCACCUGACGGAACCGUCCCCAAAAACCGAAGAACAGUCAACCAUUGCAAACUCCUUCCUGAUAUGAAUCAAAUUCUUUCGAUGGUUUUUCUGCAGGUGCAGCGUGAUUCCUGUGGUCGUGGAGGUCGACAGGAUACUGAGGCCGGGGGGGAAGCUGAUCGUUAGAGACGAACAGAAGGUCGUGAGUGAGGUGGAGGAUGUGCUGAGAUCUCUUCACUGGGAGGUCCCCCUGACGUUUUCAAUGGGUCGAGAGGGGAUUCUCUGCGCAGAGAAGUCAGACUGGCGCCCGCCGGAGACUCUCUGGAGUUCAUCUUGA